AUGGUCGCCGAUACCCUUGUCUACCACCCCACGUUGAACAAGUUCAUCAAGUUCAUCGACACAACACCAAAGCGUGAGAAGUGCUUCAGAUUGGUGGCCUACUUGUCGAGGUUCUUGUCUUACUACUUGCAGAGAAAGGGCUUCUCCAUCGAAACCGUUCAAAAGUUCAAGGACUUGAAGCAGCAGGCCACUUUCCUCAGAAAGGGCAUGAGGUUCUUGAAACCUUUGAACCAUUUGCAAGCGGCGUCCAAGGCCUAUGACAAUAAGCUCAUGGACUCUGUGUUGCUGACCACCACUGUGAUCAGAAAUUUGGGCUACGCCGGCUACUUGACGUUGGACGGCUUCAUCUUCAUCAAGAUGUUGGGUCUUGUCGACAAGAAGAGAUUCGCCACAUUCCCCUUGUGGGCCUCGAGAUUCUGGCUUAUUGGGCUUAUUGCCGGUGUCAUCAACUCGCUUAGAUUGAUCAAGAUCAACGGCGCCAAGUUGGCCUCUGCUGACGAAAAGGAUGACGAGAAGGCCAUUAGACAGAAGAUUUACCAGGCCAAGAGAAAGUUGAUCUGGGACUUCUUGGACAUGUUCAUUGCCCUCAAUUCCUUGAACUACUUGCACUUUACCGAGGGAGACGUGGGUUUCGCCGGUACCAUCACCUCCAUCAUGGGCUUGAAGGACUUGUGGGCCUCUACCUAG